CUUUUCUGUGAGCUUCACUUUUGAGCAGCGAUGGCUGCGGUUGUGCCAGUUGUGCUAAGUAACUGCUAGUAAUGGUAUUGUGGCGCUUAUUCGGUGUUGUUGUCGUUUAAAUGUUGCUAAAAUGGUAGACGUAAGUGAGAAGUUGGCGUCUGGAGUUACGAUCCCAUUUCACGCGUUGUAAUGUCAUUGCAUCUGCUCAGCCGUUGUAAGAACCACAGAGCAAAAUAUCCCGAAAAUGAGUGUAAGGUGCUAUCUACUGUACCACAAAACAAAUUCUUAUUUGAAGCAAAGCAUGCCUGCUUUCCUCUGUAUACCGCAAUUCGCGAAAUAAUCCUUUGAUCCUGCCAGCACGUUGCUUACAAUAGAAAAUAUGAUGGACUGCUCGUAUUUCCAGCCGGUAGGAGAUAUCCCAGAUUUGGAGUUUGUUUAUGAUGAUGCUGACACUCACGAAAAUGAAAUAUCAGAACUUUACACGUACACAGAAGAAUCCGAGUUUUUUCAAAACAGGAAAGCGUUUGAAGACAUCCUGACAGAAUACGGCUUUGGCCCAAGAUGGUUAGCACUGAGCGAGACUGUCAAACAAGAUGCAGCACUGCGUCUCAUGGACAGCGUCGAAGUGAGCCCCAGGGUUGCUCGAAUGAAAGCAGUCCGCGCAGUCCUGUAUCUCGUCCAGGGAACGUUUGGAGAAUGCACAACCAUCGAAGAGCAACCGCGAUAUGCGAGGCAAAACGUAUUUCUUUUGUACCGUCACGGCUUCUUCCUCACUUUUCUUCAACUGCUCAACAUGGAGAUCGAGAACAGCAGCGCUGCGACGUCCGCCUUAAGGAAACCAGCCGUGUCGUUAGGAGACAGCACGGACCUCCGUGUGAUUCUCAGCGUCCUGUACACCUUCGUAGAAGUCAUGCGAGUGCCCUCCGAAAUAGACACAGACGACAUGAAACGGGACCGCGAGGCCUUCUGUGGCGAACUAGUUCAACCCAUCCUCGGUGAUGAGCUUCUAGCGAUCACACUUUUCCAAAUGAUCAUCAAGUUCUGUAGUGGGUCUGCGCCUCAUUUUCCGAUCAAGAAGGUUCUCCUGCUCCUUUGGAAGACUAUACUGGUUUCUUUGGGUGGAACUCCAGAGCUGAGGAGACUGAAAGCGAAAUAUCGUGAAGCUCGCAACCUUCCUCCUGUACCAGACGACACAAUCGAGGUAGCACGAACAAUGCGGGCAGCAUCUCCUCCCGCAUCUGCCGCGGACCUCAUUGAAGCCCAGCAACAGCGGAAGACCAACCGCCCCUUCAAACGCCAAAGCCUGGUGAAGCAGAGCAGCAUGGACGACUCCCUCGCAAUCCAAGACCUGGAGGCAGACGCAAGUGCAGAUGAAGAGCUCAGGGAUAUGGAAGAGAGACAGCCGAUGGCAAUAGAAGCAACGCCAUCCGUGCCCGUCCAAGAAUCCGCUCCCCGGCCCUGCACUCCGGCCCCAGGUGAGGAAUGCAGGGAGUCGCAGCCGCUGUCGUCUGCCACAAUGGCAGAAGACGCCUCUAGCCUGCUCCCAGGUGGCAAGGGACUGCCGUGGACCCCGAAAGUUCGACCAAGGGACAUCGAAGCCUUCCUCGAUAACACCCGACUGAAGUUUGUCGGCUUCCAGCUACCAAACGAUCAGUCGUCGCUAGCUGGGCUGCCCGAGCCCAUUCACGAAGCGCUGAAAGUGCUGAAACAACACAUGUACAUCUCUCUGGCUGAAAUACAAAUGAAAGAAGAUGAGGAUAUUGCAAAGCACCCCCUCUCCAUGAGAGAAAAGGAAAUCCCACUGACACCAACGGAGAUUCUAUAUCAAGCUAUGCUUCCCAGCUUGCCACAGUACAUGAUUGCCUUAUUAAAAAUACUUUUGGCAGCUGCACCUACAUCAAAGGCUAAGACGGAAUCAGUGAACAUUAUGGCUGACGUACUGCCAGAGGAAAUGCCAAUGACAGUACUGCAGUCAAUGAAGCUGGGCAUCGAUGUGAAUCGUCACAAAGAAAUCAUAGUGAAGGCUAUCUCCGGCAUCUUGCUCCUUCUGUUGAAGCACUUCAAGAUCAACCACAUCUACCAGUUCGAGUACAUGAAUCAGCAGCUCAUGUUUGCCAACUGUAUUCCGCUUGUUCUCAAGUUCUUCAACCAGAAUAUCCUCUCAUAUAUUGGCACAAAGAACACCAUAUCGGUGAUCGACUUUGCUGCCUGCGUGAUUGGAGAGCAACCAGAACUUACUGCAGAGACACUGGAGAUUGGUGACCAACAACCCUACUGCUGGAGAAACAUGUUCUCUUCCAUCAACUUACUCAGGGUACUGAACAAGCUCACCAAGUGGAAACAUUCUCGCAUCAUGAUGCUGGUAGUUUUCAAGUCUGCGCCUAUCCUGAAGAGGGCGCUCAAGGUAAAGCAUGCCAUGAUGCAGUUGUACGUCCUCAAGCUGCUCAAGAUGCAGACAAAGUAUCUGGGCAGACAGUGGAGGAAGUCCAACAUGAAGACCAUGUCCGCCAUCUAUCAGAAGGUCAGGCACAGGCUCAACGAUGACUGGGCUUAUGGAAAUGACCUCGAUGCGCGCCCGUGGGACUUUCAGGCCGAAGAAUUUGCCCUCCAAGCGAGCAUCAAUGGAUUCCACAGCCGCCGUUACGACAAACCAGCUCCCGGCAGUUCGGCUCAAGAGGUGAUCGCAGACUUCCAGCCCGUCGACAACAACUUCCUCUCCGUGCUCGGACGCGACCUGGAGCUCACCCAGGAAUUCAAAGAGCACUACGACACGUGGCUCCGCGGGGAGGUCUUCCGCACCAACAUCGACUGGGAUCGUCUGCUCAAUCCAAACUACCUCUAAGUACCUUGCCUGCAACUCCGACUAUGCUUUGCUUCAGUGGCCAUGAUCAGUAGUUCCUAUGAGAAUGCACCAUCGUGUCUAAAAUGCCCCAAGUUUUAAAUCCUCCUUCGCCUUGCUCCAUGUGCAAACUCACUGAAACUAUGCAAGCAGGCGUUUCUUCCGCAAAGUUGUUUUCUUAGGUUGUUUUUGUUUUUCUUUUAUACUGCAUGGAAGUCCGGUGUGCACAUUGGAUGCAACAUGUAAGUGCAGCAAAAGAUCCUCGGGCUUUGGAUAUGGUCCCCUCUAUCGACGAGGGCGCUCGCCAGGGCUCUUAAACACUAGAAACAGCUUAUAAUGCAUUUUCAAGAAGGUAACAUUUCCUUGACACUAAGGAAAACGAAAGAGACAACCUGCCUUAUUUGCGAGGGAAUGUUACCUCCUUUGGAUCAAAACCAGUUUGUUUGCAUUCUACCUUCUGAUUAAACAGCAUUUUACCACUUUUAAUUUAGGGAAAAGUGACUGGCCCGGGUUCAAAUUAUUUUGACGUGGCUCGCGGUUAAUUGCUGGUGUUUGCAGGAAAAUAUUGCGAAGUGCAGUAAACUAGUAAACUUUUUAAACACAAACAAAUGCGUCCACGAAAGCGUUUCCACAUGGAAAGCAUCCCAAAUUUAAGUGAAGUCUUCUCCCAACGUCUUUGCAAAGCAUGGUCAAAAGCUAUACCUGCGCUAAAACACCAUUUUCCACCGGCUCGUAUAGUUUCUAGGCAGCUCUGCGCUUGGACCUGCAGUGCGUAAAUGCCUCGACACGCGCCGCUGCUUUUUGCCAGUAGCGUAGAUGACGAAUAGGAGGCGUGAGCUUCGCAGCUUCCCCUCAAGUUGCGUUCUGGCAGCCACCAGAAUAAGUAGUAGACUUUCUCAACAUACGCGACACUUUCCCCCCAAGCACGCGGCCGCCAUGGGUUUUCGAGUACAACUUCCACAAGCUCUUACAGGAGCAGCCUGACUGGGAAAACUAAUCGAGGGUGCCCUUCUAAAAGCGUACAGCUUUGGUGCUGUACUGUGUCAUACAUGUGACACAUGUUAGGCGAUAGCCUGAGGGCUUUAGUCUUUUUUUUUUUUCCUCAAAAGUGGGACAUGUAGCAAGAGAUGCCUACUAAUGUACAGAAGUAGAAUUUAGCCAUAUUUCAUGACACUAGCGUAUUCUCUUAGCUGGCUUCGAAGCUGUACCCUGCAGUGAGUGCAGUCUGUUCGCCUUUACAUUUUAUCCUCAGAAUUGCAUGUCCUGCUAGUUUUGUACAGCACCCACUUUAUGUGUGUCGAGUGACGUGCAUAUUUUUAUGUUUUAAAUUGUUCCAGAAGUGUACAUCUGAUGUUUUAGGCAUUGUGCAAAUCUUAGGAGAUGAAGGGUGUCCUUAUUAAUGCUAAUAUUUUAAGCCUUCUGGUGCAUAGAGAAAGUAGAGGUGGCGUAGCUAUACCCCGUCAUUAUUUAUUAAACUCGAAUGUAUCUCCGCGAGACUGCAUGUAAAUAUAGCAUUGGUGUAAAUACCAGCUUAUUUUAUCCACUUGGAAUGCUGGCAAAUGCUUUAGAGAAUAAAUAAAUGUAUGCAAGUGUGAA